AUGGUGGAGAAAAUCACUGUGAAUGGUCGUCUCACUCGUGUGGAAACCAAAUUCGCCUUCAUUGAGACACCUCACGGAAGUGUUUUCUGUCCUUUAGCCGCUGCAAUACCAUCCUCGGAACAUGUGCCAAGUUUUCUAAUGCGUUACAAUGUUGGCGACAUUGUACGUGUCGUUAUGGUCCCGCAGGAGGGAAAAAAUGGAUGCAAAUGGAGAGCUGUGAAGGUGCGCCAAUUGAAGAAUGUUCUUGAAAUGGAUAAUAAUUCUCAACGUGCUCCGUGUAUGGCAGCUGGACCCAGUGGAUCAAAUGUCGCGCUAAUCACAGACAAGCGGGUCGUGGUCACCAAUGUAUCUGAAACUCUGGCUUUUGGAAUCAGUGACGAAUUUGGAUCGGUUUUCAUCCCAGGCGCAGCGUUUUCUGCAGAGGAAGUAACACGACUAAACUCGUACCUAAACAUAGGUGAUGAACUGCUGGUGUCAGUUCGUGCCCAGGGUGAUGUAAACGGUUGUAAAUGGAUAGCCACAUCCGCGACGAAGCUGAGCAAGUCUCAGGGACCGCUUAUCACUGGUUGCGGAAAGAUUGUGUCAUUGACGAAAUUCCAUGCAAUUGUUUGGUGUCCACUUUAUGGGGAAGUUAAGUGUACGAUUCUUUCUUGGAUUGGAGGUGAUGGAGGAAUGAAUGCAGAGUGGCUCGAUGAGAUCCUUAGUAUAGGUGACAGUGUACUAUUCACUGCCAUCAAGCGUGACGGAGACAAUGAGUGGAAAGCAGUGAAGUGGACAGCACGUGGUUUUCGAAUUGGGGAUCACCGCGUUCAACUAGCUGACUCUUAUACUCAAACGGUUGUUUCACCUCCAGAGUUAAGUCGGCGCUACAUUGUGCCAGCUCUUGGCGAAGCGUUAUCAGAAAAACCUACUCUACGAAAUGUACUAACUAGGGACGACUGUUCCACCUUAGCAAAACGAACAUCAGGACAAACUGUAGUAUGUGCUCUGCUCUCUUCUACGUCUCCACCCACUAUCAGAGAUGAUACAGGUACAACACACCUGUCAACUUUUCCGAGUGAAAUGACUGCGGAUGAAGGUGAUCCGUGUUUGUUUCUCUUCGAAUGUUCAGUGGUACCGCCAAAAUGCCUACGUGCAACCCCGAUUCCUCCCGAGCUAGUGCCAGUUAUGAAAUAUCAGCUGAUAAAAUUUCGAGAAUAUGAGCUGAAAUCACCGUGA